AUGGAUUUAAAAACACAUCCUAAUGACCCUGAAUCUUCUUUACAUAGUUUCUGGCAAGCUAUUAAUAUUUUGAUAACAAAACCUCAUGUAGUAAACAAACGAUUAUGGGGUUGCACAGUUCUACACAAAUUUGUUUAUACAACUUCGACUUCGACUUGGGACAGUGAUUUAAAAAAGAUUAAGAUACAAAAUAUCCCAAACACUUCACAAUUCCUGACAAACUUGACCGAAAAAUUAAAACUUUUAAAUUUCGAUGAGGUUGAUGCCGUCAUAGAAAUCAUUAUUGUAGAGCUCCUUCCUAAAAGUUAUGACGAGAAACAUGCUUAUCAAAUGAUUUGCCUAAACAAAAAUAAGAAUUCAGCUACUUUUAUUGACAUCACCCCUACAGAAUUUAAGCAAAUAUUAUGUCCAACAUUUCCUUACACAUUCUGUAAAGAAAAUGACAUUAUUUUACGAUCUUCAGAUACAGAGAGUAAAUCUUAUAUGUGGCUAAAAGAAACAGUUUUACCACAAGUCAUUAAGUGGAGUAAUGAACUUAUAAAUGACAAUGCAAAAACAUUCUGUAAUGAGUCUCUAGCAUUGGUAUCCAAUGAUAAAUAUUAUUCUAAAUACAAUGACUUGAAAUUGAAGUAUGGGAAGAAUCUGGUUGAGAUAUGGCCUGAAUGCACGGAUCCUGCAAAAUUUGUGUAUGAGGACAUUGCCAUAGCCACAUAUUUGCUUCUCUUAUGGGAGGAAUAUGGUUCACAAACAUUUGUGGAUGUUGGAUGUGGUAAUGGCUUGCUAGUGUACAUCUUAACUAUGGAAGGACAUUUCGGACUUGGUGUUGAUGUAAGAAAAAGAAAAAUAUGGGACAUGUAUCCUAAUAAUAUUAAGUUGAAAGAAAGUACUGUGACUCCAUCAAAUAUCCAUGAAUUUUCUGAUGCCGAUUGGAUCAUAGGAAAUCAUUCCGAUGAACUUACGCCCUGGAUACCGGUUAUAUCAGCUAUAAGUUCAUAUAAAAGCAAAUUUUUUCUACUUCCAUGUUGCGCAUACAACUUCGAUGGCAGCAAAUAUAGAAGACAGGAUUCAUCCAAGAGCCAAUAUAUGGAAUACUUAGAAUAUAUAAAGAAUCUAUGUGACUAUUGUGGGUUUGAAACACAUAUUGAUAGAUUGAAAAUCCCAAGUACAAAGAGGAUCUGUCUCAUUGGAAAAACGAGAAGGUAUAAAGAACAUGAACAUGGUGAAUAUUGUUCAUUAGUAAAUAAUUUACUUGAAAAAGAAAUUGGUGUUUCUAACUCUCAUCUUGACAAUGAUAGUGUGAAGACAAGAGAUCCCGUUGAAAGAGUGAGAAAUUGCACACAAAUUGAUAAAGACAUAUCAGAGGAAAUAAUUAUGUGCAUAGCAAAAUAUUUAUUAGAAGACUGCUCUAAACAAUUAACUUGGUCAAUAGGAAGGAAAACUGAACUUAAGAACCUUAUUCAGUUAAUUCCAAGUGAUAAAUUAAAAGUUUUAAAGUCAGAAUGUGGAGGCUUACAGACUCUUUUGAAAAAUAAUCAUCACAUAUUUAAGGUGGAAAGAGGAUUUGUGCAAUUAAGGCACCCAAGAACAGUUGAAGAGUUACAGAACAAUUUUAAGAGUAAAAAUAAUAAUAGAAUUAGAAUUAAGGCGAGAAAGUGUUGGUUUUUUAACAAUCAUCCACAGGGAUGUCCAUUAGAUAGUACAGUAUGUAGCUUCCUCCAUGAAUAUAUGUAA